GCCGCGCUCCCACCCAUGGCUCCGGGCCGGGCGCUGCUGCCCGCGGCGCUGCUGGCGCUGGCGCUGAGCCCGGGGCCCGCGGCCGCGGUGCCGUGCAUCGCUGACUGCCCGGCGGGUACGUUCGUGGCGAGCGCGGACUGCGCGUCCUGCCUGCCCUGCCCGGCCGGCACCUUCUCCAGCGCGGCGGGACGCGGCGACUGCAGAAUGUGUCGGAAGUGCGAAGGAAUAUUCCGGUAUUUAAAAGAGUGUUCCUCAACAAGUGAUGCUGAAUGCACGUGCAAGGAGGGCUAUCGCUGUGGCGGUGAUGGCUGCACCUUCUGCACCCGAAGCUGUGGCGUGGGCCAGGAGAGCACCGGGAACGGUUGCCGGACUUGCCGCUAUGGAACCUUUAAUGAUCAGCCCAAUGGCUCCUGUAAAAACUGGACAAAGUGCUCUGGAAACCAAGUCCUGGAGCCUGGAACUCCAGCAAAAGAUGUCAUUUGCAAACAUGCUUCAGUUAAUCCCACUUUAGUCACUACUCUACCUACCACGUCUCUUGAAAUUCCAGUUUCUAUCACUGUGCCAGGGAAUGAUGUCCAGACAGACAUGAUCAGGAUUUCUCUUGCUGUGGCUGGGCUGUCGUGCAUAGUGUUUCUGCUGCCUUUGUGCAUCUGCUUCAGUGUCUGGCAGAAAAAGAAACUACACACUGUCUUCAAGAAAAUGCACACACCUGAACAGUCAAUUCAGGAAGAUGAUGCCUGCAGCUGCCACUUCCCUGAGGAAGAACAAGGUGAAUAUCAGGACCGUGGCAAAUCCACAGAAUUCAGAGAUCUUUUGGUGAACUAGAAAUUGAACUGUCCAAGUCAGCCACAUUUGAAUUUUCAUUUGGAAUACAGAACAAGAACCUGUUUAUGUAAAUAGAAUGGGUGUCAGCAUUUGAGUGUUAAAGCACUAAAUAGCCCAGCCACUGAGGAAAAAGUGCUUUUUUUGUAUUUCUUAAAAAAAUAAUAAAAAAACCCCCAAAACA